GUCGUGGGAAUAUUACUCUUGAAGAACAACUCUUAAUUCUUGAACUUCAUUCUCGUUGGGGCAAUCGCUGGUCAAAAAUAGCACAACAUUUGCCGGGAAGAACGGAUAAUGAGAUCAAAAAUUAUUGGAGAACGAGAGUACAAAAGCAUGCAAAACAAUUGAAAUGUGAUGUUAACAGCAAACAAUUUAAGGACACGAUGCGGUAUCUUUGGAUGCCAAGACUCGUAGAGCGAAUUCAGGCAGCAGCCACAACACCCGCCACCACAGGUGGUUCCUCCUCCUCCACCACCACCACCACCUCUACCACAACCACCACAAACUCCUACCCACUCAACCAAACUAACAUGGAUUGUAUUGUUACAAGCCAGUUAGUAGUUCCCCAUGGAAAUAACAAUACUGGAAACACUUGUUCAAAUUAUGGCAAUACCCAAAUGAUCACCCCUAGCUACACACCGGAAAAUUCAAGCACCACCGCAGUCUCACCUGUUUCCGACUUGACGGAUUGUUAUUAUCCAGCCAACCAAAGCCAAAACCAUGAAAUGUUUCAACACAAUAACCCGAUUAAUGGUGGAUUUACAGACGCCCUGAUUAGCCCGGCGGGUUACUUCAAUCAAGGGAUGGAUUUCCAAGCUAUGGUAGAGCAAAACAACCAAUGGACGGACGGCGGUAAUGGUGGUGAUGACUUCUCCGACAAUUUGUGGAAUGUUGAGGAUAUCUGGUUUUUAAAACAGCAAUUCAACAUGUGAAAAAAUUACUAAAUUUAUGUAUACAUUAUUGGUUUAGAAAGUUUACAAGAACUUGUGGGAUACACGUUUCUAGUUUGUGAUCAAACAGAACAGCAUGUUUUCUUUUCUUUUUUUGUUUCUUGAUUUUUGGGUGGGUAUAGAAUUGUAAGUGGUCACUUUACAUCAUUUGUUCAUAAAGAAUUUUAUUCACUGUUUUUUUA